AGUGACGUCGCUUGACGGGAAGCCAUGGCUCAAAUACACGGGCCGCGCGCCUCUGCCGUGCCACAACAGCAUUCUCAGUGCUUCCUUACCUGCUUCCCUGCGUAGUUGAAAAACACCCUUCUGGACCCCACGAUUGACCAAGACGGCAACGCAGGAGAUAUCAGCAUCAAGAAGCACCAAGCCAACACUAAGCGCAAGGAAAGACCCCAAGAUGCCGGCCAAAAUGGCGCCCUCCCGUUUGAUCGUCCACGUCGACCGCGAGGACCUCUACACGAAUCUCGAAGCCCGCAUCCGCUACCUGCACUCCUUUCUCGACUUUAGCAGCAAGGACAUCGAAGCCCUCACCUCCGGCGCAAAAUACAUCAAGGCCCUGAUCCCAGCCAUCGUCAACAUAGUCUACAAGAAGCUGCUGCAAUACGACAUCACAGCGCGCGCCUUCACGACGCGGUCGACCGCCUCCACGGGGGCCCUCUCCGCCGAAGACGCCGCGUCGUCAUCCGCAGCGGCAGCGGAAGAGCCGCUCUCGGAGGACUCGCCCCAGAUCCUGCACAGGAAGCACUUUCUCCGCGCCUACCUCGCCAAGCUCUGCUCCGACCCCUCGCGCCUCGACUUCUGGGCCUACCUCGACAAGGUCGGCAUGAUGCACGUCGGCCUCGGCCGCGCCCACCCGCUGCACGUCGAGUACGUCCACCUCGGCGUCUGCCUCGCCUUUAUGCAGGACGUCCUGACCGAGGCCAUCCUGUCGCAUCCGCGCCUCGCCCUGCCGCGCAAGAUGGCCCUCGUCAAGGCCCUUGGCAAGGUCAUCUGGAUCCAGAACGAUCUCAUGGCCAAGUGGCACGUGCGGGACGGUGACGAGUUUCGACCGCCGGGUGACGAGGAGAUUGUCAUUGAGAGGGAGGGGUAUCUGAACGGCAAGAAGAUUCUGGACGGCAGCGAUGACGAGGAGGAGGAGGAGGGUGCCGCACAUGGUCAUGCGCAGGAAUCUCCGUCGAGGUUGCCGAGGCCGUCGAGCGCGAGUGCGAGUAUUGGCAGUGCACCGACGUGCCCAUUUGCCGGCAUGGCAGCCGGGGUUGACGGACUGGGCAUCGGGGAGAAGCCGGCCGGGCACAAAUCUGCAUCAGCGGAGGCGGCCUAA